CAUCUUAGCAGUUUUCAGUUCAGGGUGGGAGAGUCUUCCAGCACUCAGCGGUGGAGCGACACUGGCAGCCGUGGCGGCCGCCUCUCACCCUCCCACGUCCCGUUUUCAAUAAUCGUAACUGCACGGCUGAUGUGCCCAGCCGCCAUCUGUCCCCGUUCCCUUACAGCUCCGCUGAGAGCUGGCAUUUUCACCGGGGUUCCCUGUCAUCAUUUAUAACAACUCACACACUCUGGACUUCAAAAUAAGUUACCGAAUAGCACUUUUAGCCUUCGUGUCUGAAUGACGGGCGGUCGGUUUGACUUUGACGAUGGUGGCACCUACUGCGGAGGCUGGGAGGAUGGCAAAGCCCACGGCCAGGGUGUGUGCACCGGGCCCAAGGGCCAGGGCGAGUACUCGGGCUCGUGGUCCAACGGUUUUGAGGUGGUCGGUGUCUACACCUGGCCCAGCGGGAACGUAUUUCAGGGCUACUGGUCACAAGGGAAACGCCACGGACUCGGCGUAGAAACCAAGGGGAGGUGGAUUUAUCGGGGAGAGUGGACUCACGGGUUCAAGGGCCGCUAUGGAGUCCGGCAGAGCCUUAAUACACCGGCCAGGUACGAAGGCACCUGGAGUAACGGAUUACAGGACGGAUAUGGCGUGGAGACGUACGGUGAUGGAGGUACCUACCAGGGUCAGUGGACUGGUGGAAUGCGUCAUGGCUACGGCGUGCGUCAAAGUGUCCCGUACGGUAUGGCCUCUGUCAUCCGCUCACCCCUACGCACCUCGCUGUCUUCCCUCCGCAGUGAGCAAAGUAAUGGUACAGUAUUGCGUGACAGCCUGUCUGACAGCCCUGCUGGUACACGUGGUGGGUUUGUACUCAACUUUCACUCAGACGGAGAAGGUUCAGAGAAGAAGAAGGGACUUUUUCGCCGUGGCUCCCUCUUUGGGAGCCUUCAGCGAUUGCGCAAAUCAGACUCGCGCUCAUCGAUUUCCAGUAAGCGCAGCUCAACACACAGUGACACCACCAUGAGCCGCAUCAGUUCAAGCGAUGCCAACUCCACAAUUAGCUUUGGAGACGGAGACCCAGGCGAUGACUACCUGCCUCUGGAGGACAGUGUGGAUGCCACCACCACCGAGUCAUACAUGGGCGAGUGGAAGAAUGACAAGCGCAGUGGCUUUGGUGUCUCCGAGCGCUCCAACGGCAUGAAGUACGAAGGUGAGUGGUUGAACAAUAAGCGCCAUGGCUAUGGCUGCACAAUCUUUCCUGAUGGCACAAAGGAAGAAGGCAAGUACAAGAACAACGUGCUUGCCCGGAGCAUCAGGAAACAGCUGAUCCUGCUGAAGAACACCAAGACCAAACAGAAGGUGGAUCGAGCCAUCGAGGGAGCAGUGAGGGCAGCUGCUAUUGCCAGAACCAAAGUAGAGAUUGCCAUUUCCAGGUAAAAUGUCCCAU